AUGGGACUAUGCGCAUCCAAAGACGUUGAGGUGUCUGCCCCACCAAAUCAGUCACAGAUACGGAGAACGACCCAAACUCAGGGAGUCAGGAUAGAUCAAAACUCAAGAAAUCCCGCAAAAGCUCAAUCUGCUCGCAACGGUGCUGGUAAGACUCUAGGAGGAAAUAACGGACCUACGGCGGAAACCAACGCGCUUACGCCUAAAGAGGCCGCAGCCAAAGCUGCCGAAGACAGACUACGCAAGAUAGAGGAGGAAAGCUACAAGGGAAAAUUGAGCCAGAAACUAUAUCAGGAUAAAAAGAAGUCGGUCAAUGCGCAUUUGCGAGAGCAAUCUGAGCAGAAUCGCGAGAAAGCGAUACCUGUUGUUUACGACUGA